AUGGUUGCAUCUAAUGCUCAGAAUAAACUGUUUCUGGGAGUUCAUUUGUUCAAUGUUCUAAUUGGUGCGGAGAAUAUUGUGCUUCUUGUAAUAUUAAGUAUGGAUGUGAAAGUUGUCCAGGAGAAAAUUAGCUCAUAGGAUGGGUAAAUGGUCCUCCAACAAGCAUAGCUACUUAUUAAACUAUCAAAUAAUGUUAAGCACUUUGGACAACGUAAGGCUCAGUAAGCAUCAACAACUGCUGGUUAUAUCAAUACAAUUCUACUUUAAAUUGUCUCUAUUGCGAGGAUAACUAUUAUCUCUGUAAAGACUGUAUGGUACAUAGUGGCACAACCUAUCAUUCCUGUGAUAAUUAUCUGGGAUCUGGAUGCUUAGAAGCAACCGGGGAUCUUUCAUGCAAAAUUUGUAAAUAUGGAUAUUAAUCAGUUGUUGUUGGAACAGAUAGACCUUGUUAUUGUAAAUAUUGUAUUCUUAUAAUUAUUGAAACUAGAAUGUGCUAGAGUCAAUCCCUAUUACGAAGAACAUGUGAGAUGCCUAUAAAUAAAUAACGCUGGCACUGUAACUUAGGGUUAGUGGACUGGCUGUAAAGAUGGAUAUGUAGAUUCCACUAGAAAAGUUUGUGUCUCCAAUUGUGGAAUUGGGUAAUAUGGAGUAGUGACUUUCAAUUAGAGAGCUUUAAUUGAAACUUCAAAAUGCUAGUUAUGCGAUCCAAACUGCUAUGAAUGCACCUAGGAUUCUACUUCAUGCAUAUCUUGCUACAAUGGAUACUACCUAUUAACUAGCAGUUCUACAACAACCACGGGUAUUUGUAAAUUAAAAUCUGGUUCGAUCAGUGACACAAUAUAUGUUGCACCAGUUACUAGUCUAAAUGCUUAAGCCUCUACUCUCCAAACAGGGGCUUAUAACACACCUUUUAAUUCAAUUUAGGACGCUUUUUCAAAAGCAUAUGAGAUUGGAGCCCCAUAUGUGUCAGCUGAAAUUUAAAUAAUAUUAAAAACUGGAGAUCACGCAAUGGUUCGCUAUUUCCCCUCAGAUUUCUAUGUUCCCUCAGCUUAUGACAAACAUUCUCAAACUACUAAAAUAACUUUGAAAACAGAAAGUGGAGCAUUAUAGAAAGUGCUCUAUAAACUCAGAGAUAGUUGGAACUUUAAAGUUGGAGCUGGUUUAACAAUCUAGAAUGUCUACUUUGAAGCAAUAGAUUCAUCUGAAAUUUGUGUGAUUCCUUUCGGACCCUCAUUCUUUAAAUUUGACAUCAGCCCAUAAACAAUGCUUAAAAAUCCACCUACUUUGAAUAUAACUCAAUUAUAUCCUCCCGGAUUUGAUCCAUUUUUUGGCGUAUGCUCAAAUACACCAGGGUCAUCAACUCCUUGCUUUGACUUGCAAAUAGAUAAAUCUACGUUUUAAAACUUUGGGUACCUAAAGAGUAGAACAUCAGGAGCAAAUUAUGUUGAUCCUAGUUAUAAACUAUAAUAUUAUGGGUCGAUUGUAGAUCUAGAUAAUUUUCUGGGACACAUUAAAAUAACAGGAUCAUACUUCUAUAAAAACACUUUAAAACUUGAUACUUGUGAUGUUGCAUUUGAUAUGGAUUAAAAUAUCCUUCCCUUAUCAGAUCCUUAUCCAUCCUUUGGCUCUACUAAAUCUGCAUUGCAAAUCAGAUCACUGAUAUCUAUAACAAAUUAUGACGAUUAUUAACUAGACAUUAUUGGCAAUGAUUUUCAAAAAAAUACAGGGACAAAAGGAAUAAUUUACAUUGACUCUUUACCUAUAACUUUAUAGGGGAGAGUUUUGAUAGCUUCUAAUACUUUUACCCUAAAUGCAGGCUACAUAGAUAAUAGUGUCCUUUAUAUCAGAGCACGAGGACCCUUUGGAGGAUCAGUCUAUGAUAUGAUUCCAAGUUAUGGAAAUUUGUUUUGCACUGGCUAUCAAAUUGAAAGGAAUACUUUUUCUAAGAAUUUUGGAUGCUCAAAUAGUGUAGGAGGUGUCAUAAAAUUUGAAUGUGUAAAUUUUGCAUAAGGAUAAAAUGAAGCCAAUGAUAGAUAUCUAAUGACAUAAUUAAACUAAGCAACAACAGCAGUUUCUUAUAAGAACAUUGAUUUUACUACUUAUAUUGACAAUACAUAAUCAACGACAUAUAAUGGAAUAAAUUACUUGAUUGACUUGAAUAAAAAUACUUUCAGUCAAAAUAAAUACACAGAAAACUAUUAUUCACACUCUGCGGGAUUAAUCAAUGUAAUUGGCUCUCCUAGAACUCAUUUUGAAGGAGAAAACUUUAUGGGGAAUGGAGAAAUGGCCAAAGAAGUUACAACACUGUAUGGAUCUGGUAUAAUUUCAGCUGGAUCAUAGGAGAAAUCUUAUUCAAAUAUGAUUUAAGAUAGUUCAUUUGACCUUGCAUUACUUUCAAAGUCUCUCAUCAAUGUAGAAAGAACUGCUUAAGUUACUGUUUUAGAUUGUACCUUUGAUGGUAACUGGCAAAUGGAACCUAUCUUUUCUGAUAGUAGAGCUCAAAUUAUCCACUUUUCAGAAUUUUAUGGCUAAUUCAUCUUUGAUAAAAACAUCAUUAGAAACUAGAUUGGAAUGAACAAUGCAUAUCUGACCACUUAAUGGCUAAUAAGUAUUUCAACUGCUAAUAGCCUGCAAAAAUAAGGCUCAAACUUACCUCUUUUUAGAUUUUAAACCACAGAUACUGUUAUAUUCAAAGAUUUUCUAAGCUAAGGUUCUAAUUUUCAAAAGAUCUACUAUUACGAGGAUCAGCUAAACACUGAUUAAGUUAUGUUCUUCAAGAUAUCAAGCUUGGGAUAUAAUUAUGACGCUUAGUAAUUACUUAUCAAUGAUCUUGUGAUGUCUAACAUCCAGUGUUUGAAAUGCACAAGAUCCCCAUUUUAUCUUAGAUCAAAAGAGACAACGUUUACUAAUUUGCAAAUGGCAUCUAUAAAUGAUUUGGCUUAUACGCUAAAUAGCAAAAGUACAACUCCUUUUUUCAGUUUCCUCUUACGAAAACCCUAUACUGAUUUUUAUUCAGCUGUGGUGACAGAGACUCUCAAAUUCAUAGGAGCUAGUAUUAAUAAAGUUUACUCGGGUGUGGAUGGAAGAUUCCUGAACAUCGAUUAUGAGUUUAUCUCAACUGAGAUGGCUCCUACUUCUGAUUAAGUAUUUUUUGAAAGUUCUUCAUUCAUUGAUAUUAAGAGCGAUGGAAACGGAGGAUUUGCGAAAGUUAAUCUAAAUUUAAUAAGAAUUAAUAUACUAGACUCUACUUUCUCUACAAUUUACGCAGGGUUUUAUCUAAGCAGUCCUGCGUUCGGUGGUAUUUUCUAUGCCUAGAGUCUAGGAUAGAUAACAUUGAAUAAUGUCUAAGCAACUAAUAUUUUCUGUCCACAAUCGACUUUAACUAAUGGAGGAGGAAGAUUUAUUUAUCUUUAAUAAUCAGCAAAUUUUUUGGCAGUAAUUCAAUCCUCUACUUUCAAGUGCUCAUCUAGUGCAUAUGUCUCAACGACAGUUUAAAGUUUAAUCACUUCAGGAACCUACAAUUAGGGAUCAUGUAUAGAUAUCAGUACAGAUACUUUUGAAUUGGAUGUUACUGUCACAAACUCUUUUUUCUAGAAUUGUUUCACAGCAUACGAGAGUUCAGCUAUCAAAUUACAGACAUCUUCAGUAAUAAAAACACUUACAUUAAAUAGCAACACUUUCCAGGAAAAUGCAGCUAUUAGCGGUGGAAGCAUCAAAUGUGAGCUAUGUACAAUGAUACUCAUUAAGAAUAAUUUUAUAAAAAAUCUGGCUUAAAAUGGAGCUGAUCUAUUUAUUAGUUCUCCUGUUACUUCUAUUAUUAUAGACAGUCAUUAUCACCAAGGUUCAAAGUCAUUCACUAGCGGAGGAUCAAUAUAUUAUUAAGAAUUAGCUGCGGUGUCAACAACAUUUACAAUUAAUAAGCAAACAGGUGUGCAGUCAUUAUUCCAAACUACAACAUCAACCGGAACAGGAGGCUUUAUUACUUUUGAAAUCCUUGAUUCUUUGACAAUUAUAAUCUAAGAUUCAGUUUUUAUUGACAAUAUUGCUUCUUAAUCCGGGGGAAUGAUGUUCAUUAAGGAUUCUAUGGUUGGUUCCCUCUCAAUCUAAUUUAGUAAUAUUUAAAUUACUGGAUCCUAUUCAACCUCAGGGAAUGGAGGAAAUACAUUUGUACCCUCCACCACUGCUUCCACUUCAAUUUCGAUUAUAUAAUCAACUAUUACAAACACCAUUGCGAACUUCUUGGGAGGUUUUAUGUAUAUUGAGAGUUUUACUUCAAUUGAUAUUUAAAUAGAUGGCUCUAAUAUAAAUUAAGGAAAAUCUGGCUCAGAUGGAGGAGUUUUUUAUGCUAAAUCUCAGACUCUUAUCCUUUAGUUGUUUAACUCAGCUCAAAUCAUAGGAUCAAAAUCUCAAUCCAAUGGUGGUGUUCUUUAUUUUUAAGGAGACACUUCAAAUAUUAAGAUAUUGGAUAACUCUUAAAUUAUCAACUCAAGCGCAAGCAUUAAUGGGGGUGUCCUUUAUAUUCAAUCCUCAAUGUAAAAUGCAAUCUUGAUAGACGAUGCAUCAAUAUAUAACAGCACUGCCACAAUCGGUAUGGGAGGAUUUGCUUAUGUAGAGGGUAAUGCAAAUACUAUUGAUAUCCUUAAUAAUGCUCUGAUUUAUUAAUCUAAAUCUCAGUAAGAUGGUGGAUCAUUUUAUCUGCAAUAGAGUACUGGGACACUUGUCUCAAAUAUAUUGAAUUCAAUAAUUACUUUCUCUCAGUCAUUUACAGGAAAUGGUGGAUUUUUAUAUUAAUCUGGAGGAACAACAAUAACCACAACAAUUAAAAAUAGUUUGAUAAAUAACAUUUACUCAGGUCUAUCUGGGGGUUUUAUUUACUCAUCCUCAGGUGGAUUAUAGACUUUGGUAACUUAGGAUAGCAAUUUUCAAAAUUUAACAGCAGAUGGCACCGGAGGUCUAGCAUUUUUAUAAGGUUCUGAUUCCAUAUUCAAUAUCUAAACAGGAACUAUUAUAGAGAAAUCUUCAUCAGCUGGAAGUGGGGGUGUAUUUGCAACUGAGAUAGCAGCAAAUACAAAGAUAAUUCUGGAUAAUGCAAAUAUAAUUUCUAGUUCAUCUAAUUCUUUAGGCGGAGUAUUUAGCUCAACUGGUGGUGUGCUUUCAUAAAUUGAAAUGAUUUCCUAAAGUCAAAUUCAAACAUCUUAUGCUUUGAACGGAGGAGGAGCAAUAUAUUCUGAUUGCAUCACAACUUAAGUCAAAUUAACAUCAAUCAAACUAUUUAAUUUAAAAACUGGUAACACUGGAGGUGUGCUUUUUUUGGAAGGGUAGACUAAUGAGGUAACUCUUGAUUAAAUUUCUAUAACUGGAAGCGAAUCUUAAUAAAACGGAGGAGGGUUUUAUCUUAGAGGUACGGUCAAUCAUAAUUUUAAAAUCAUCAAUAAUUGCAUAUUUGAAGACUUUCACGCUAGUAUUAAUGGGGGAUUUCUCUAUUUCGAUGGCCCAAUUACUACACUAAAUAUAGAUAAAGGAUAAUUCAACAAAAUAAGUUCAAGUAUGAAUGGUGGUGUUAUUUACAUAUCUUCAGCCUCUAUUAGUUAGUCAAUAACUAUAGCAAAUUCAGACUUUGAUGUUUUUUAAUCAAGAAUACUAGGGUCAUUUAUUUUUAUUGAGGGAGAUAGUAAUCCACUAAUCAAUUUGGAUGUUAGUUUCUCUACUUUCAGCUGCUAAUCACUCUCUAUGUGGGAUAAUUGGGCAAUCUUAUACAACUAAAUCAUUGCUAAACUAGAUGCAAAUUUAAACACAAUCGGCGACCAAGUAUCAAGGGAAGGUUCAAUUCUCUAUAUUAAAGAUACAGGAGAUGUAGUAUUUAACUAAUGCGCUAUGGCUUAGGGAAAAUCAAGAAUGAAUGGUGGGGCUGUGUAAGGUGUAGGCUCGGGCACUGCAAGAGCUUUCUUUACUAAUUGUAAGAAUUAACUGCAGUACUUUGAAUCUAAGUAAAACGGUGGUUUUAUCCAAAUUGACAAUCCUCAGCUGAAUUUCAGUUCAAGUAAUUGUACUUGGAAUCAUCUCUAUGCUGGAGGCGUUGGAGGAUUCGCUAACGGAGCAUAAAUCACAGCAAUGAGUGUUUCUGAUUGUGUCCUAAUAAAUAUAACUAGUGGUGCAGCUGGAAGUUUCUUGGCCUCUGAUACCCCUGGACUUACUUUUAACAUUAGCAAUUGCUUAAUCCAAUGUUCACCACUUUUCGAUGCUAGUAAAGUCAAAUCUAAUCUUGAAACAGGGACAUCUAACACCGGCAGUCUCUUUAGUAUUUCAAAUGCAGCUUUAAUUAUAUCUUAAUCUAAUACCUUCCAGAAUUGUUAUACAGCUAAUGGUGGAGCGAUCUUCAAAUUAUCUUAGUCUACAUUCCUUGACAUUAACUCAACCUAUUCGAAUAAUGCAGCUUUACUAGGAGGUGCUUUUAUUCUAACAGAUGUUGAUGCAACUUUUUAGAAGACUAAAUUCAUAAAUAAUUAAGGAUAAUAAGGAGGUACGAUCUACAUGCAAGGUUUAUCGAAAUUGACAUUUCAGGAUGUUUCCCUUAUUGGAUCAACCUCUUACUUAGAAGGAGGCUUUUUAUAUGUUUCUGAUAAUACAAAUGCUAUACAAUCUACUGUAUUAAUUGAAGGUACUACAACUCUUAGAAAUCUCUAUUCGAAAGGUAAUGGUGGAGGUAUUUAUUUGAAUGCAGCUUCUUCAAUAUUUACUAUCAGUAGUUCUACUGCAAUCCUAAAUAGUCAUUCUGAUUUGAGCGGAGGUUUUAUCUACAAUUAGAAAUCAUCAAUUAUUGAUAUUAAAUUCGCUUCAAUAACUGAAGUCACAAGUAAGUUAUCAGGAUCAAUUAUAUAUUCAGUCUACUCAACAGUAAUAAAAUUGGAUUCAAGUCAGUUUCAAUGUUAACUUUUUCCUUACGUGACUAAUGAACCAAAACUUUCAAAUCAAGAAAACACUUACGGAGGUGCUUUCUAUUUCAAAGAUUCUGUAUCAAUCACAACCAAAACAAUAAAAGUCUUAAAUUGUUACAUAGGUGGAAUCGGUGGUGUCUUUUAUUUAGAGAAUACUUAGUUGUCAGAUUCUGGGUUAUCAAUUUACAAAUUUAAUGCUGCAUAAAAGGGAGGAUUUCUAUUUGCUAAAAAUAGUAUAAUUACUCUCUAAAAUUCUGCUUUCGACAACCAUCAAGCUUUUGACGGAGGAUUGAUAUAUUUGAGUGAAUAAUUUACUCUAAAUCUUGAUGGAAUAUCUGUUUAAUAUAUUUAUGCGGCAAACAACGGAGGAUUAAUAUAUGUGACAGAAAAUUCAAAUCCAAUAGUAUCUGCUAUUAAAUUUUCUAAUAUGUUGGUAUUAAAAGAUAUUUCAGCUAAAUAAAAUGGAGGAAGCUAUUAUUUUGAUCAUUCACUCUUAAAAGUUGAAAUGAAUUCAAAUAUUUAGCUUCAGAAUAGUAAAGCCAAUUUAGGAAACGGGGGAGUAUUUUAUCUAAAAAAGUUAAAAGAAUUAUAAAUGCUUUCGAUAGCUACUUCUAGUAGUUAUUAAUAAUUUAGUGUUGAUAAAGAAUCAUAUGGAUCAUUUAUGUAUUCAGUUGCUGUUGAUGUAAUCUUGAAAUUAAAUAGAGUAAUUUUUAGCUGUUUUUUAAACUCUUAUGAUUAUGUUACAAAUUUACAAUACUAUCUUAAUCAUCCUUUGCCCAAGUAUUAAGCUCAAAACGCGUUUUAUUUGCUUGAUGCUAUCGAAAUUUAAAGCCAAGAUAAUUCAUAUUAGAAUUGCUAUAAUAUGAAUGAAGGUGGUGUGUUUUUCCUAAAAACUUCGACCAAUAGAGUAAAUUUGAUAAAGCUUAUUGAGAGUGGGUCAAUUUAUUAAUAUAAUUAAGCUAAUUAUGGAGGAGUUAUCUAUUGUUAAACAUGCGAUUUACAAAUAAGUGGAAACACAAUUUUUCAAUAUAACUAUGCUAAAGAAGGUGGUGUUUUUUACAUAAAAGAUUCAUCACCAACUCUUGUCUAGAACUCCAAGUUCCUAGAGAAUAUAGUUGUAAAUAAAGGAGGAAUAGCAACAUUUUUUGAGAAUGCAGGUUCGUUAUUGCCUAAAGUUAUCAUUAACUUUUAAGAUUGUGAAUUCAUUUUCCAAGAAGCAAGAGUAAACGGUCAAGGUGGGGCAUUUUACAUUUCCUCUCCUCAUAUCUCUGAUUUUAAUAUUAAGGUCCUUGUGAUUGAGGACUCUUAUUCCUCUGCCUUUGGAGGAAUAAUAUAUGUAGAUAACUUAGUAGGAACAUUAAACAUUGAAGACUCAACCUUUUCAAAUUUCUCAACUCCCUCAACAGGUUUUGGUUCUAUGGUUUAUUCAGAGGGAAAGGAUAUCUUACUAAAUAUUAAAACUAGUACAUUUUAAUGCAGGCCAGCUCCAAAUAAUUUAAUCGUGGCCCAAGCUUUAAAUAGCUUAACGUCAUCUUAUGCUGGCGCAGUAUACUUUAAAAAUUCAUUGCUAGGUAUAUACUCUUUCAAAAAUACUUUCAAGACUUGUUUUGACUGCUUUGAGGGAUCUGCUUAUUUUAUCUAGAAGUCGAAGUUGAUCGAAGAGGAGUCUAAAUUUAUCAGUAAUUAAGCUUUGAAUGGAGGAGCUAUUAAAUGUGUAGAUAGCACUAUCAGUAUUUAUAAAUCAGAAAUGUCUCACAAUCAAGCCGAUUCAGGAGGAGCAUUUGAAUUUGAAAAUGCUUGCGAGGUAAUCAUAGAUAAUUCCUAAUUCGAGUAAAAUUAAGCCACAUCAUAAGGCGGAAUAAUGAGUAUUACAAAUUCUAAGUCCGGAACUAUACCAUCUACAACUAUACUUAUAAAGAAUUGCCAGAAAUUUGAUGGAGCUAAAGCUAAGCUUGGCGGUCUAUUAUAUGUGAAUCAUCCAGCAAUCACUAUAGUUAUUUAAAAUGUAAAGAUGACUGGCUAAGAAGCCACGAUAUCUGGAGGCAUAGCCUAUAUCACAAGAGGCAAAAUUCUCAAUAUUACAAACUCAGAAGCUACUAAUUUCAAAGCCCCUAAUUCUCAAUUUCUCUUUUCAUCUAGUCCAGACAUGCAAAUCAAUAUCAUUAAUAGUCAAGUUACUUGCAAUACCUUUUAUGAUCACUAGGUAGCAAUAGAUCAACUCUCUGUUUUGAAUCUAACAUCUGUGUCUUAAAAUACUAUUUACAUGACUGGUACUGGCAAAAUCUAUUCCUAAUAAAAUACCUAUAAAUCUUGUGGAAUUUUAGAGGAGGGUGCAGUAUUUAGAAUUAACGGAGAUAUUGAUUUUUAUGAUAAAUAAUCAGAAUUCUAUGAAAACUCUGCUAUUUUUGGGGGAGUUAUCAGCUGUACAGGUUGCAAUAUACAAUUGAUGAAAACAAAGAUGCACAAUAAUUUAGCUUACAAAGCAGGGGCAAUUAAGUUAGAUUCUUAAGCCUAUUUAAAUGCGCAAUAUACCAACUUUUAUUAGAACAGAGCUACUACUGUGGGCGGUGUCAUCGUAGCUUUAACAGAUGCUUAUUUUGAUGUAAUAGCUUGUGACUUCAUUAAUAACACUGCGAACUAUAGCUCAGCCAUUGAUGCUUUAGGAAGUUCGCAGAUAAACUAUCUGACAAUAUAAUUUUGUGUAUUCUAAGACAAUUCUGCCUAUCAAAAUACUAUCUCUCUAAAUACAGCUAAAGCCAUUAUUAAUAUGACUUAAUUCACAGAUAAUGAUGCUGUUGACAAAUCCAAAAAUAUCUUUCUUGGUUUUGCAUAAGUUAAAGUUUAUCAAUGCACAUUCAAAGCACCAUUUUAUAAAAAUAAAUACUUGCGUAUAGAUCAAGAUGAAACCCUAGGAUCAUUUUUCAAUAUCAUUUUGGAUGUUGAACUUGAAAUAGAAAAAACGGUCUUUAUUAACGGUAUAUCAUAUUAAGGUGGAGCUAUAUUUAUCUCAGGUUUUUCUUCUAUCCUAAUUAAGCAAUCUCAGUUCCUAAACAAUAUUGCAAAAAUAAGUGGUGGAGCAAUUUAUGCGAAUGGAUUCAAAAGUUUGAUUAUAGAGGAUGGAUCACGAUUAUUAAACAAUCAAGCUUUAUCAUAUGGAGAUGAUUUUUAUCUUUCUAACUCAGAAUACACUUUUAUCAUAAGAGACACUAUUAUUGAAAAUCCUAAUGCUACUACUUCUGUCUAUGCAAUGGGUAUUUAACUUGAAGUAAUUGGUUCGGAAUUUAAGAAUAUUUAUAUUAAUGAAUAAUCUGAAAAAGGCGCAGCAAUAUAAUGCCUUAACUGUAGAAGAAUGCUAAUAAGCUCGAGUAAGUUUUCCAAUUUAAGAAGUUAAAUUGGUGGAGCCAUCUUUAUUCAGGAUGUCUAAUUAAAUAAGAGAUCCUCCGAUGGGUAUGAUAAAUAUAGUAUUAUAAAGACAAAAUUUAAUAAUUUAACUGCAUAUGCUGGCGGCGCAAUUUAUCUUAGCUUUCCUUAAAAUGUUUGGAUUGCUGAUUCAAUAUUUAAUAACUGCCGAUCAUUAAAUGCAACAGCAUCAAAAGCUGGCUCUAAUGUUGGAUCAGCUGGGGCUAUAUUUUAUGAAUGCGGAGCUGAGGACACUAAUUGCAAUUUAAACAUAACAGGUUUUACAAACUUUACUCAAAAUUUUGCUUAAAAGAAGGGUGGAGCUAUUCAUUGGAAUUAUUAUGAGCCUUUAAUUAGCAAAAAUGUCUUUUUUGAAAAGAAUAUAGCCGGUUGGUACGGAGAUAGUAUUUCAUCUUACUCUUAAAAUCUCAAAAUUAUUUCUGCAGAAGAAUAUGAGCUUUAACUAGAAAAGAUUAAAGCUGGAGAAAUAAGUCAAAGAAAACUAGAAGCAUAUUCUAAAACAAAUAAUUCAAUAAGACCUCAAGAAAGCUAGUACUAAGUUAAUUCUGUUAGAAGUGGAGGAAAUAUCCCGUAAGUAUUUCUUGCUCAUGUCGACAAGUAUGGCCAAAUCGUUGGAGAUGAUUUUGAAAGUAAACUUAGAGUUAUUGUAGACUCCAAUUCAUUUGUAAAGGACAAAAACACACUAACCUAUACCCCAGUACUUGAAGGUUCAUAAUCAUUUACUACUUAUGCUGGAGUCAGUUAAAUAGAUGAUCUUAUGUUUACAGGUGCGCCAGGCUAUUCUUACAGAUUGUCUUUUACAUCAAGCGGAAUCGAUGAAUCUUUACCUGAAAACAAGAAAUUCCAGACAAAAUACAAUAUGUCUAGCAUUGAAUAUGACUUCUAUGUAAACCUGAGAGAGUGCAUUGAAGGAGAGUACUUUACAUAAGUGGGAAAAUGUAUUUACUGUGAGGCAAAUAUUGGCUUCUCUCUCAUAAAAAUGGUUUCACCUGGUGAAUGUUCACCAUGUCCAAUUGAAAGAGCGUUUUGCGAAGGUGGUGCCAAUUUAGGACCUAGACCAGGAUAUUGGAGAAGGACAAACACAUCCUCUAAUUUCAUAAAAUGCAUGAAUCCUCCAGCUUGUCUUGGAUGGUUCCCAAAUUAUAAGGAUGGUAUCUAUGAGCCUCUUGGAUAAUGUGCAAAAGGAUAUAGAGGCAUACUUUGCACAUAAUGUAUAGAUAAUUAUUCAUCCACUGGAAAUUUUUAAUGCAGCAAAUGCCCUGACAUGGUAUCAAAUGUAAUCAUAAUGAUAGCAAUAAUAUUUGGAGUCGGAUUUGCUUUAGUCAUGAUGGUAAGAUCAACCUUGGCUGGAGCAUUAGAAAAGAAAAAUGCAGUAAGCAUCUACAUGAAGAUCUUAAUGAAUCAUUUCUAGCUGAUUUUAUUAGUAUCAUCUUUUAAUUUUUCCUGGCCAGAGGAAGUCACAAGCUUCUUUAGUAGCUCUUCCCCAGUUGCUGAAUCAUCCUCAUAGAUUUUUAGUAUUGAUUGCUUUAUGACUGGACAAGGUAGCUCAGAUGAUCAGAGUAAUUUGUUCAGGACAUUUUUCUUAAAAUUAUUGGCUUUUGCUCUGCUUCCUAUUUUAUUGGCUUGUGCAAGUUACGGCUUUUGGUUUUUAAAUUAGAAAAUUAAGAAAACUGAGUUCCAAAGAGGGAAAGCAAUUUCAACUCUCGUCAUAACUAUGUUUAUUAUCCAUCCUAAUAUUGUUCAAUAUAUGUUUGAUGAUUUCAAUUGCAAAAAUGUGGAUGGAGAGCAAAGAAUAUACAAGGAUCUUUAGACAAUGUGCUGGAGUCCCAUUCAUACUUUUUGGAGUUAUUUCGUUGCAAUGCCUAGUAUAGUUGUAUGGGGUUUAGGUAUUCCUGCAUUUGCUUUUGUACUUUUGACUAGAGAUCGUUAAAAGCUAAAUACUCUUGAGAUUAGAGAGAAACUUGGCUUUCUAUACAAUGGUUAUAAACAUGAUUUUUAUUAUUGGGAAAUCGUUAUAAUGUAUAGAAAAAUUAUUUUGAUAUUCAUUGCAGUAUUCAUUUAAAACUAUGGUGUGAUGACAUAAGCGCUCAUUGUAUUCUUGCUAUUGAUAAUAUGCUUAAUUUUAAAUAUCAAGACAAAGCCAUUUUUCUUGGUGGUGCUUAACGAUCUUGAAACGUUGUCAUUAAUCACUUCUAUCUUAUCAGUUUAUUGUGGCAUUUAUUUUGUUUCUAAUAUACCUUAAGAAUUUUAAGAAGAUAUACCCUAAGAGGUAAAAGCUGGAAUUAGUUUGGGUAAAUCUACCUCCUUGUUUUUCUUUGCAGUAAUAUUGAUUUCAAACUUACUUUUCUUUUUAUAUUGGAUAUUGAAGUUUUUAUCUGAAGUUAAAGUAAUGCUUAUAAAGAAAUUUUAGAAGAUAUAUCUUUGCUUAUUCCUUUGCUUUGAUUAAUAGCAACUGGAUAAAGAAAUUAAUCAGCAAAAGGUAGAUGAAGAACAUUAACUCCUAAGAGAUUAAUACAUGAAAUCGAUAAAUAAUUUAAAAAAGCUAUAUGAUAAAGGUAACAUAGUAUUGACUUAGCAUCUCCUGGAAAGAUGCUAAGCUUAUCUCUCAGAAGAUGUGUUUUUGGAGCAUAUAGGAUGGCAAAAGAAUAUAAAAAUUGAUGAAAAAGAAUUAUAAAGACAAGAACGCAACAACUACAUCAACAAAAUGAAGGAGGUUGAGAUUAAAAUGAAAGAUCGCUUAGCAAUUAAGAAAAAGUAGUAGGAACACAAUGAUGAGAGGGUAUAACCUUCAUAACUUUUGGUUGAUGAAACGAAGUAAUUAGAGGUAGAUACUGAAUUUUUUGAAGCUGGUAUAAAGGAAGAAGAUUAUAUAAAUCAUCAGGAUAAACUUUAAAGGGUUAAUAGGUAGAAUCUUUUAACUCAAGAAGGUGAUGCUAUGUUUCAAACUUUAACUUCAAGUCAAUUAAAUACUUAGAAUUCUCUAAUUGAUAAUUCUCAGAAAUACAAUGAAAAUGACACUACUAUAUUAGAUGUAAGCUAUCUUGAAAAUAUGCCACUUAAAAUAAACAAAUAAAAGAAUUUAUCCAAAACUGUUAGGAAACCUAACUAAGAUAUUAAUAUGUAAAAAUAUGCCGAAAUAAAUGCAUCUAAAAAGACAAUGGAUCAUGAUUCAUAAGAUUCAGACUAAGAUGUUUGGAAUAAUGAUAAUAUCCUUAAAAAUAAUUACUUCACAGGAAAAAGAGAUAAUAAUAAAGAGAUUAACAAGCACUUAAGAGAGGGGAACAUUGAGAGAUUUAGAAAGAGAAAAAAUAAGGAGAAAUUCAAUAAAAAGAUGAUUGAUGAAGACUAUAUAGACAAAUCUAAGAUUUCAAGAAAAUAAAUUAAGCAAGCCGCUGAUUCAACAGUCAAGAUACUUCCUCAAUGUGAUGUUUAAGGUAAAUCAACACAGAGCCAUAAAGAAACUGUAGGGUAUAAUAAGAUUGAUCACUAAGACAGCAAAUAGUUUAAUAAGUUAAAUGAUUCAAAUCAAAUUGAUGAAGAAAAGAUUGAGAGGGAGCUAAUUUAAGAAGUAGACACAAGUAAAAAUGAAAGUUCAAUGAAUGAUUUUGAAAUUGAAAAUCAAAUUAAUUAAAUGAACUUUGAAUUUCAGAUUUAAGAUGACAAGAAUUAAGACUAGGAUGAUAUAGAAGUAUUCUCAGAUGAUCAAAACAUAAGAAAAUAAAAAUCCAAGAAAGUAUUUAACAAAAUGAUGAGUCAAUCUCAUACCGUAUUUAAAUGA